CUACCCGUUACCACACUGUCUGUCUGUCCGCUGCCUCUGCCUCUCCAUUGACUCUGCCUUGCUGCAUUUUACCAAGCCACAUCAUCGCUCAGCUACCAUGUCUCUCCGGAUUUCUACCGCAUCGAGGAACAUUUCUUCCUUUGCUGGGGGUGACGGAGGUGUCAAAAUGGCAAGCAUGGGAGGAGGCAGUUUAUAUGGCUUUGGUGGGGGAUCUAUGGCAGGGCUAGGCAGUGGCUAUGGAGGGGGUGCAUGCAGUGGCUUCAAUGGAGCAGUUUUUGGUGGUGGAAGUGGCUUUGGUGGUGGAAGUGGCUUUGGUAGUGGAAGUGGCUUUGUUGGUGGACCUGUCUUUGUUGGUGGACCUGUCUUUGGUGGUGCCUCUGUUGCAGGUGGUGGUUAUGGAGCCAGCUAUCGCUCCAGCUCAUCUGUGGCCUUGGGAGGUGGCUUUGCAGGGGGUGAUAGUGUCUUUUUGGCUGGUGCUGAAAAGGAAACCAUGCAGAACCUUAAUAGCCGCCUGGCAAACUACCUGGAAAAGGUGCGCUCUUUGGAGGAGGCCAAUGCUGAGCUCGAGCGUAAAAUUCGUCUCUGGUAUGAGAAAAAUGGACCUGGAGCUCCUGGAGUUACCCGCGAUUACAGCAAAUAUUACCAGAUAAUUGAAGAUCUUCGGAACCAGAUAGUCAAUGUGACAAUUGGCAAUGCCAAUGUAGUCUUACAGAUUGACAAUGCCAGGCUUGCUGCUGAUGACUUCCGUCUGAAAUUUGAAAACGAGCUCUUCCUUCGCCAGAGUGUCGAAGGGGACAUCAAUGGUCUGCGCAAGGUACUUGAUGACUUGACCAUGAACAGAUCUGACUUGGAGGCGCAGCUUGAAAGUCUCACAGAGGAACUGGCAUACCUUAAGAAGAAUCAUGAGGAGGAACUUACCCUGAUGAGGAGUGGCUGUACAGGUGACGUCACUGUGGAAAUGAACGCUGCUCCGGGAAUAGACUUGACUAAGCUACUGAAUGAAAUGAGAGCGCAAUAUGAAGACCUCGCAGAACAGAAUCGCAGAGACGCUGAAGAACAGUUUAACAAAAUGAGCCAACCACUGCAGCAGCAAAUCUACGAUGACAGCGGUGCUGCAAACUCAGCCAGGAAUGAGUUAAUAGAGCUGAAACGCUCCUUUCAGUCAUUGGAGAUUGAGCUGCAAUCCCUUCUGGCUAAGAAAGCUUCUCUGGAAGGCACUUUGCAAGAAACUGAAGGGAACUACAGCAGUCAGCUGGCACAGUUACAGCUUCAAGUUAGCAGCAUCGAGGAACAGCUACAGCAGAUCAGGUCUGACACAGAGUGCCAAAAUUCAGAGUAUCAACAACUACUUGGCAUUAAGACCCGGCUGGAAAUGGAAAUUGAAACAUAUAGGCGCCUGCUAGAUGGGGAAAGUUGCCGCCCUGCAUACGAAACAAAAGUUCAUAUCAGAGAACCCACCAAAACCAGGGUGGUAAAAACCAUUGUGGAAGAAAUGGUGGACGGCAGAGUAGUCUCUUCUCAAGUGAAAUCAGUUGAAGAAAGGCCAACUAAUUAAGCAGCCUGAAAAACAGAAUAGGGGAUCCUUCAACGCGUAACAGCAAGGGAAGACCCAAGUAGAAGAAAACCUCCUGAAACCAGAUGCAACUGUAGCUUAGUAGCUUCUUGCAAAUAAGGGAUCUGGGGGGGAGGAACUAUACAAUAUGCUUUAUUCUAACUUUAUGGAGCUAUAUGCUUUUACAAGUGCUGAAAAAUGCAUUCUGUUUACUGCUGCAAUGCAAUAAACUUUCUUACUGUUGCAAGUUA